CGAAUUAAACAACGGAAGCGAAGAGUGAAAUACAUGCAGAGAACGUUCUCUGACAUAUAUAUUAGAAAAACUGUAAAAUGCAGUCCCGUAUUUGUUCCGUUGUCAUUCCACAAUUAUCAAGGAAUUUAGUACGUUCAUUCUCCAAGUCAACAAAUAAAAUGGCUCCAAUAAAGGUUGGCGAUAAGCUACCUGCUGUAGAUCUGUUCGAAGAUUCGCCGGCGAAUAAAAUCAAUACUGCUGACUUAACAUCUAACAAGAAAGUAAUAAUUUUUGCAGUUCCCGGCGCUUUUACUCCUGGCUGCUCGAAGACCCAUUUGCCCGGAUUUGUGUCGAACGCCGAUUCGUUGAAAGCUGAUCAAAAUGUCAAUGAGAUUGUCUGUGUAUCUGUAAACGAUCCGUUUGUUAUGUCUGCUUGGGGCAAAGACCACAACGCUGCUGGAAAAGUCCGUAUGUUAGCAGAUCCCGCUGGUGCAUUUGUAAAGUCUUUAGAUUUGACUAUUGAUUUACCACCACUGGGUGGCUUGCGGUCAAAACGUUUUUCGAUGGUCGUGGAAAAUGGAGAAGUGAAGGAAUUGAACGUUGAACCAGACGGCACUGGUCUGAGCUGCUCGUUAGCAAACAACAUUGGCAAAAAAUAAAGUGCUUCGAAAUUUUAGAUGUGUUGUUUAUAGUUUAAGCGAUUACUGGACUACAAGCAAAUAUAAAAAUAUUAAAAUUCUAGUUAACUAAAAA